GCAGUCGCUCCGCAGUGACGUGACACGCAGCAGGCGGUGAGGACGUGCGUGACCCCGUUUCUUCCUCUUUCUCGACUCCAUCUUCGCGGUAGCGGCAGCUGAGCUCGCGGUUCAGUCGCCAACAUGCAGCUCUUUGUCCGCGCCCAGGAGCUACACACCCUCGAGGUGAGCGGCCAGGAGACGGUCGCCCAGAUCAAGGCUCAUGUGGCCUCACUGGAGGGCAUCGCCCCGGAAGAUCAAGUCGUGCUCCUGGCGGGCACUCCGCUGGAGGAGGAGGCCACCCUCGGCCACUGCGGGGUGGAAGCCCUGACCACUCUGGAGGUGGCUGGCCGCAUGCUUGGAGGCAAAGUCCAUGGGUCCCUGGCCCGUGCUGGAAAAGUGAGAGGUCAGACGCCCAAGGUGGCCAAACAGGAGAAGAAGAAGAAGAAGACUGGCCGGGCCAAGCGGCGGAUGCAGUACAACCGUCGCUUCGUCAAUGUUGUGCCCACCUUUGGCAAGAAGAAAGGCCCCAAUGCCAACUCUUAAGUCCAUGUAAUCCUGGCUUUCUCUAAUAAAGCCACUU